UAGAUACAAGCACAAGCGCCGCUGGUGUUGCUGUAGGAAUCAUCUUUGUCAUCAUUCUGCUGGCCGUUGUGAUUUUUCUCAUUGUGAGGAGAUAUUGGCUGCAACGGAAACCUGUUUUCAGCGAUCGUGUCCGCCUCCUCACCUCGCUGAUGAAAAUCAUACACCGGAUGUCCACUACAUCAACAACAUGGUCGCUCAUGCGUGCUCACCACCUGUCUCCAAUGACGAAUACGCUACGGUAGCGAGGACCGCUACGCUACAGCUGCACCAUCAGCCGGAAGUGAGACAAGGGGCCGGCACUGCGCACUCACUCGGGGCUGCUGAUGUUUAUGUCAACAUUCGGACGGAAGCUCUGCUCACUGCAGGCGGACGAACAUCACACCUAGAUGCCCGGAUGCACGCCGCCACUACUGGCGUGUCACUGCGCAUGUUCAAAAUGGAGGUCGAGAAGAAACUGCGCUCCGUUGACGACGAAUUCUCAGAGCUGCCCUCUGGUUUAAUUUAUGACUGCAAAAACGGAUCACAGAAAGAAAAUCACUACAAAAAUCGGUUUAACACUAUUCUUCCUUACGACUUCAACAGAGUUGUCCUGGAGAAGGUAAAGGGUGAUAACUCUUCGGACUAUAUCAACGCCAGCUUCAUCACCGGAUACAAGCGAGACAAAGCUUACAUUGCAGCCCAAGGACCCAGAAACAACACCGUUGAUGACUUUUGGCGAAUGGUGUGGCAGGAAAACGUAACUCAGAUAAUCAUGUUGACUAACGCUCUUGAAAAUGGGAAGUCCAAGUGCUUUGAGUACUGGCCGGCAAAGGGAGAGAAGAACGUUUACGGGCAGGUGGAAGUGACGUGUGCUGAGGAGGACAAGAGGGCGCACUUCAUCGUAAGGACUCUUCAUGUACAGCCAGUCAAUGUGAGGAACUUUCGCCUGGUGGAACAGCUUCACUACGUGGACUGGAAGGACCACGAGAUCCCCUCCACCAUCGCCCUCACUGACUUCUGCAAGUUUGCAAAGUCCCGUAACUCUGCCAGUACACUGUCGCCUCCCCUUGUUCACUGCAGUGCUGGUGUUGGACGCACGGGUACCUACAUAGCGAUUGAUAUUGUGAUGGACCAGGCGACAGAGGAUGGGACUGUCGAUGUUCUGGAUGUCGUCAAGAGACUGCGGGACGACCGAUGCAACAUGGUGCAAAACAAGGAGCAGUACUCGUUUGUGUACGAGGUGGUGUUGGAAGCCUACAGCAGCCUCAACACUCGGCGAGAAGUCGCCUACUUUGACAUGGCCUCCUUAAUGUCCACCACCACCACAACUGAUGACAAGAUUGUGGACACUGAGUUUCAGAAUCUACAGUUGAUGAGAGAUCGUCUGAAACAACCACGUUACACGAUUUCUACUUCAUCCGAGAACCGAGACAAGAAUCGAAAUAUGAAUUCUCUUCCUCCUGACAAUCAUUUGGUUUACCUCACUGCGCAUGCUCGAGGGAGAAACAACUACAUUUCCGCUGUUUUUGCUCCAACCCUGAUUGAUGCCCGAGGCAGCAUCUUGACACAACUGCCGUUGCCAGACACCGUCCAAGACCUGUGGCGGUUGGUGGAAAGCUUUGAUGUCACAAACAUUGUGUCUCUGGGAAGUGCUGACUGUUUACAAAAGAAUCUGUGUCCUUAUUGGCCGACAAAAGAAGAAAAGUUGGUGGCUGAGAAUUACACUGUGACACUAGUUGACAAAGAUGUGUUGGGAGUCAGCUUACAGAGCUACAGUCUCAAGUGGGAGCGAAAGCACAAACACGGGGAGGUCCACCUGUUGUCCUUCACUGACUGGCGAGACAAGGUCCCCGGCUAUUGUGAGGACCUCGUACACCUGCUGCAGCUGCUGCUUGGACUUGCCCUCGACACCAAGUCCUGCCCCGUCCUCAUCCAGUGCAUAGACGGGGCUGCAAAGAGUGGUUUGUUCUGCGUACUGUGUAACAUCAUCACUCAGAUGACUUCUGACCUCACAGCCGACAUCUUCAUGAAGGUCAGAGAAAUGCAGGAGGUCAGACCUGAGGUCGUCACGUCGCUGGAAGAAUACCGAUUCUGCUAUGAAGUAGCUCAUCGGUUCCGAGCUUCACAGAGUCUCUACGCCAAUAGAUAACAACUACAAACAUGUGGACCUUCCAUAAUCACUCCUUCACACUGUGUUCUUCUUUGAACUUGAUUUCCUGACAAACAUUGUAUUGCUUAUUGAAUCGGGGCGGGGUAAGGACAGUCAUGCGAUGGACAAUAUAGAAAUGUCGGCGAUCUUAAACACUGGGGGUCAUGUCAUAUGUUGGAAUCUUGUCUUUGGAACAAGCAUUUUCUCUGAGGAUGGUCCACUGUCCUCCAGGUUUGGACUAACGACCUCUGGUGUAAUCCGGGUGUAAGCCACCGACACCCAGACGACUGCUGCUACACUGUAGACAGACACAUAGCUAACACUGAGAACACUGUCUGCCUUUGUCGGUCUGAGGAAACUCAUUAGGGACUUAGCCAUCAUCAGCACUCGUAAUUCCUUCUAAAAUAUUUCCGUUACUUCCAUGACAGUGGUAGUCACAGUUAUAUUGAAAUCGCUGUGUUCAGAAUUACAUUUAUUUAUCAUGUAUUUAUUACUACGUGUAUUUGUUUGUAUUGACAAUACAUGUGUAUAUAUAGAAGUUGUUUUGUGCAUUUUAGUAUUUACCAACAUUAUUUUAAUUAAUUGCAAGGCAUAAAAUUAUUUCUUAUAUUAUACACUACUUCUCUGAAAAUCAUAAAACAUAUUUUUGAAAUGCUUUGUCGUAAUUAAUGACACAUCGGCUAGUUGAUGGGCCUCAAGACUAGGAGGCAGAUGCUCUGACCUCUUGGUUACCCACUUUCCCAGUUUAAGAAAUAAAAUGCUUGAAAAAGCUAAAG